GGCAGAACCAGGGAAGGGGCAGUCAGGAUGUUGAGGAGAAGUAGGAGACAGAAGCUACAAAAAUCCACCCGACUGUAUGGGCAAGGAUUGGAAAAGAGGCUCAGGGUGAAGCGGAGCUGCCCUUCCUGUGGCCCAGAGUUUUGGGGUGAAAAGAAGAAAGGGAGAGGGAGGCCUGUUUCUGUUCAGUUGUUCCCCCCAGAGCUGGUGGAGCAUAUCAUCUCAUUCCUCCCAGUCAAAGAUGUACUCGCCCUGGGCCAGACCUGCCGCUACUUCCACCAAGUGUGCGAUGCUGAGGGCGUGUGGAGGCGCAUCUGCAGCAGGCUCAGUCCUCGCCUGCGAGAACAGGGUUCUGGGGUCCGGCCCUGGAAGAGAGCUGCCAUUCUUAACUACACGAAGGGCCUGUAUUUCCAAGCAUUUGGGGGCCGCCGCCGUUGUCUCAACAAAAGUGUGGCACCCCUGCUAGCCCACGGUUACCGUCGCUUUUUGCCCACCAAGGACCAUGUCUUCAUUCUUGACUACACGGGGACCCUCUUCUUCCUCAAAAAUGCCCUGGUGUCCUCCACCCUUGGCCAGAUCCAGUGGAAGCGGGCCUGCCGCUAUGUUGUGUUAUGUCGCGGAGCCAAAGAUUUUGCCUCUGACCCAAGAUGUGACACUGUUUACCGUAAAUACCUCUAUGUAUUGGCCACUCGGGAGCAGUUCGGAGUGGUGGGCACAACAGGAAGCCGGGUCUGUGACUGCGUGGAGGUCUAUCUGCAGUCCAGCGGACAGCGUGUGUUUAAGAUGACCUUCCACCACUCCAUGAGCUUCAAACAGAUCGCACUGGUUGGUCAGGAGACUCAGCGGUCACUACUGCUCCUCACAGAGGAAGGGAAGAUCUACUCGUUGGUGGUGAAUGAAACUCAGCUGGACCAGCCACGUUCCUACACAGUCCAGCUGACCCUAAGGAAGGUGUCCCGUUGCCUGCCUCACCUUCGUGUGGCCUGUAUGGCUUCCAAUCAGAGCAGUACCCUCUAUAUCACAGACCAGGGGGCAGUGUAUUUUGAGGUGCACACCCCCGGGGUGUAUCGUGAUCUCUUUGGGACCCUCCAAGCCUUUGAUCCCCUGGACCAGCAGAUGCCACUUGCUCUCUCACUGCCUGCCAAGAUACUAUUUUGUGCUCUUGGCUAUAAUCACCUUGGCCUGGUGGAUGAAUUUGGCCGAAUCUUCAUGCAGGGAAAUAACAGAUAUGGGCAGCUGGGAACAGGGGACAAAAUGGACCGAGGGGAACCCACUCAGGUAUAUUAUCUGCAACGUCCCAUUGCCCUGUGGUGCGGUCUCAACCACUCCCUGGUUCUGAGUCAGGGCUCAGACUUCAGCAAGGAGCUGCUGGGCUGUGGCUGUGGUGCUGGAGGACGCCUCCCGGGCUGGCCUAAAGGGAGUGCCUCCUUCGUCAAGCUCCAAGUCAAGGUCCCCUUUUGUGCCUGCUCACUCUGUUCCACGAGAGAGUGCCUCUACUUGCUGUCCAGCCAUGACAUUGAGCACCAUCUCGCCUAUCGGGACCUGCCGGCCAGCAGGGUGGUGGGGACCCCUGAACCCGGCCUCAGGGCCGGGCCCCCUCAGGACCUCGGGGGGGCAGCACAGGCCUGUGAGGAGUACCUCAGCCAGAUCCACAGCUGCCCCACAUUGCAGGACCGCAUGGAGAAGAUGAAGGAGAUCGUGGGCUGGAUGCCUUUGAUGGCCGCACAGAGAGAUUUCUUCUGGGAGGCCCUGGACAUGCUGCAGAGGGCUGCUGGAGGGGUCGGCACAGGCCCCCCAGCUGCUGAGAGCUGACUCCUCUCUCCUAGCCUCACCCCUGGAGGGGAUGUCUGGCCCUGGGCCAGGGGCUAAGGAG